UUGACGGAUCAAUUCGCCCCUUUAACAGCGUCUCUUGGCUCUCGUACACGUUAACGGUAACUUGAAAAUGUUGCGUCUAGGAAAUUUCGUCGUGCAGAGAUCUGGAAAUUUGAAAAAAAUCAACUUAAAUGCCAGAUGUUUGUCGACACAAGCAGCUGUCAAAAAUGCUCCAGAUGAUAAUAUGGACAAACAUAAUGCUAUAAAAAAUAGUACAUCCUUUACUAAGAAUAUUUUUCGUGGUCAUGUACAAACGAGCCAAGUAUUACCUUUCCCAAAACUUUUGAACGAGGAACAAACCGAUACGUUAAAGUUAUUAAUCGAUCCCAUAGAGAAGUUUUACGAAGAAGUAAAUGACCCCCAAAGAAACGACGAAACUGCAACCAUAGACGAGAAAACUAUGGCUGCGAUGUGGGAACUUGGUGUAUUUGGCCUUCAAGUUCCACAAGAGUACGGAGGAUUAGGAUUAACUAAUGUUCAAUAUAGCAAAUUUGUUGAACUUUGCGGAUAUCAUGAUUUAGGUAUUGCUAUUAUGCUAGGUGCGCAUCAAAGUAUAGGAUACAAGGGUAUACUGUUAUUUGGUACUCCGAAACAGAAAGAGAAAUAUCUGCCAAGAGUAUGUAACAAAGAGAUGGCAGCAUUUUGUCUCACGGAACCAAGUUGCGGUUCGGACGCGAGUUCGGUUCGUAGUCGCGCGGUUAAAUCACCAGAUGAAUCACAUUAUAUUUUAAACGGUAGCAAAAUUUGGAUAUCGAAUGGCGGUCUUGCAGAAAUAAUGACUGUUUUUGCACAAGUUCCUACGAAAGAUCCAAAAACUGGGGUGACAAAGGAUAAAGUCACCGCUUUUAUCGUCGAGAGAGCUUUCGGUGGUGUAACAAACGGACCACCAGAGAAGAAAAUGGGUAUUAAAUGUAGUAACACAGCGGAAGUAUAUUUCGAAGAUGUUAAAAUACCUGCAGAGAAUAUUUUGAGCGAGGAAGGACAAGGUUUUAAGGUUGCAAUGACUAUCUUAAAUAAUGGUCGGUAUGGCAUGGCAUCUGCUCUUUCUGGUACUAUGCGUUUAUGUAUUAAAAAAGCAGUUGAACAUGCAACGCAGCGCGUACAAUUUGGACGCACGAUAGAUAAUUACGGAAGCAUCCAAGAAAAAUUGGGUCGUAUGGCAAUGUUACAAUACAUAACCGAAUCGCUCGCGUUCACAAUUUCCGGUAAUAUGGAUGCCGGAAGUCAAGAUUACCAUUUAGAAGCUGCAAUUUCUAAAUGUUUUGCAUCAGAGUCUGCGUGGUUGGUUUGCGACGAAGCUAUCCAAAUACUGGGUGGAAUGGGAUACAUGAAAGGAACUGGUCUUGAACGCAUUCUAAGAGAUUUACGUAUCUUUAAAAUAUUCGAAGGAACGAACGAUAUACUUCGUCUUUUUGUCGCGCUUACCGGAAUUAAAUAUGCAGGAAGUCAUUUGAAAGAAUUACAAAAAGCAUUCAAAAAUCCUGCAGCUAACUUGGGAUUAAUUUUCGAAGAAGCCACGAAAAGAGCAACGCGAGUAAUUGGUCUGGGAUCAACACCUAAUUUCACACAUUUGGUACAUCCAAGUUUGCAAGAAGGUGCUACAUUAUGUGCUAAGAGUGUGGAAGCUUUUGGCCAAAGUAUAGAAUCUACCCUGAUUAAGUAUGGGCGAGGAAUUGUGGAUGAACAAUUUGUUCUCAACAGAAUAGCACAAGUAGCAUUUGACACUUAUACUAUGGCUGUUGUAUUGAGUAGGGCGACUAUGUCUGCAAAUAAAAACCUUCCUACCGCAGAACAUGAAAUCCUUAUGGCUCAAGCUUGGUGCACCGAAGCAUUCGGUCGUAUAAAUCUGAACAUGAGCGUGGUUUCUUCCAGCAAACAAUUAGAUGUAUUUAGCAAAUUAAGUAAAAUUUCGAGGAAUAUGUGUGAUGUUGGUGGAUGUGUUCAAAAAAAUCCACUAGGUUUAUAACAAUGCGCAAAAUGUAAUUCGUGAUUCAAUUAGAUUUUGCAAACAAUUAACUUAAACCAUGACAGAAGUUGAAUAAUCGGAAAUUUUGAAUUUGAAAAUAAAUUGUCAACUUCUUUACACUAUUUUAAUAAGCAACGAGCAA